GUUAUUUACAAUUUCUUUUUUCUCUCUUUUUCUUUUUUAACAUAACAGAAAGAAAAAAACAAUGUCAGAUACAAAGCCUACAACUCAAGUAACUCCAGAUAUUACUACUACACAAGAUACUGUCAUUGAGGGUUUAGAAGUUUCAAAAGCCGCUGCUGAAAUUACAACGGAAGAGGAACCAACACAAACGAAAAAAUUUGACGAUCAAGAUGAUGGGGAAUCAGCUAGUUCAAGUGACAAUGAGGAGGUUUCAAAGGAAUUGGGUCUGGUAAUUAGUGCUCUUCAAAGCACUGUAAAGCAAAACCAAGAGGAUAAAGAUACUGCUGUCGAGCAUAAGGAAGAGACACAUGAAUGUGAAGAGGAACUUCACAGUGGUGAUGAUAUUGAAAGUGAUACCAAGUCAGUAACAGAUGAUACCAAAUCAGUUACAUCGGUAGCCACAUCAGCAUCAACCAAUGUUAGUUUGGAAGAGGAAAAGGAGAUCGAGGAGUCUGCUACUGCUAUUGAUGAGGUAAAUGCUAAACCCCAAACAUUCGAGGAAAUCGUUCAUGAUAUUUUACCACCAACCCCCGGUGUCGCUCCUCAAAGACAGACCUUUGAUUUCGGUGGUCGACAAAGCGAAGAUGUCGGGGAUGUUGAAAGUUACAGUGCUAAUCUUAUUGCUUUGAAUAAAAUUGAUACUAAAGAGAUCAAAGCAAAUUUACUCUCUCCUCGUCAACAAGAAAGAGCAGAUGAACCUGUACUUCGUGCCGUGCGUCACCUGUUUAACAAUAGAUUUAUGAAGGCUAAAAAGUUAUUUGAAAAGCAAGCUGAAACUGAUCCAUUACACGCCUUAGGGCUCGGUUCCAUGGCUUUUUUAAAAGCUGUAAUGACCACGGAUGAUGUAAUGGUAAAGAAUGCCAUUGAUGUUCUCACAACAACAUACAGUAUCGCCAACGCGCAAAUUGAUGUUGCUACCAAAAAGUCUGUCGGUGACACUGUGUACCAAGCCAUGAGCUCGUAUUAUAACUACAUCAAAUUUACACGUAAAUCAGCCGGGUUACCUUCUAGUCCCAAACCAGCCACUUUAAAAUCAAUCCAAAAAGAUGGAAUCAACUUUAUUCCUAACGGUGUGUUACGUGCUCACGUGGCCAAGGCGGAGUGCUGUCUCCAAAUUGCUAUUUUACAAUUGUUGCAAGAAAAUGUAAUGGGAUAUAUCAAAUGUGGAAUGAAUUUGAGAAGAGCUUAUGCAAGUUAUAGUUUGGUAUGGCAGGAAUAUAAGCGUAUGGGACAAAUUUAUCAUGAUUUCAUUGACCGCGACACUAUAUCAGGCAUCCAAUUUGGUAUUGGUGCUGUUCAUCUUGUUUUGUCUACACUCCCUCAAAAAAUUCUUCGUAUUGUUUCUGCAUUUGGUUGGAAGGCUGAUAAGCACCUUGGCUUUGCCUUAUUAAAAUUAUGUUUGGAAGAAAGAAGAAUCCGAUCCCCAAUGGCUUCGCUUAUGCUUUUGGCUUAUUAUACCGUGCUUACAUCUUUAUGUCCACAAAUUUUAUCGAUGGAAUACACACAACCUGCUAUUGAGACUUUAUUGGAUGCCCAAAGAACAUAUCCCAAUUCAGCUUUCUUCCUCUAUUUCGCUGGUCGUACAUCUCGUCUUGCUCGUAAUUUGACACUUUCAACCCAAUCUUUUACCUAUGCAAUUGAAAUUAGUAAGAACGAAUGGGCUGAGGUUGAGGUCUUGCAUGCAUGUAGUUACGAGAUUGGGUUCAAUCACAUGAUGGAACAUAACUGGGAAGAAGCUGCCAAGGUGUUUGAUCAACUCUAUAAAGAAAAAUACUGGUCCCCUGCCAUUUUCCGCUACUUGACUGGUGCUUGUUUGGAUAUGAUGGGAAGUCGUACAGAAGCUAUUUUGGCCUAUGCUGAAGUUCCUCAAUUAGUUGGAUCGAAAACACACAGUACCUCAUUAAUGGAAAAGUACGUAUUGCGUAAAGUUACUGCUUUCCAAGACUGCGGUUAUCAAGAUAUGGAAAUGUGCCUUUGUGCUUUAGAAUAUCUUUGCUUGUUUAGUGGAUUUGAUUUCAUGAGUACGGAAUUAUUGGAGGAAUCACUUGAAAGAGUCGAUCAAGCCAUGGUCCAAAUUAUGGAAGCCGAAAAGACGGAAUUUGGUAUUCGUACUCGAGAGUUGUUACCCGAAACCCCUCCCCCCAAAUAUUUUGACCAGCGUGGAGCUUUACUCUUGAUUAAAUCAGCAUUGUUCAAUGCGAUGGGGCGCUUCAAAGAAUCCAUUAUUCAUUUGAAUUGGAUUAUUGAUCACAAGGAACAAAUCGAGGUUGAUAAAUGGAUUGUACCAUUUGCUUUCUGGGAAGCUGGUGUAACAGCUUGGGGCAUGGAUAACAAAACCCGUAGUAGAUCUUUCUGGGAAUCUGCGUUGAAGUUUAGCAAAUAUGAUUUUGAGUAUAGAUUAGCUCUUCGUGUUAAUUUAGCCAUCACAAAAGCAGAGGAGCUGGGUGUUCCACAGCCUCAAGAUCCCAACCCUGCUAAACGACAUGCCGCCUCAAAGAAGGACCCUAUUAUUACACUGGAUUCCAUUCAAAGUCGACAAAGUACCUCUGAUGAACCUGCCAGACCAGCUUUUGCCUAUCCUAUAAACCUUCCUCAUAACUCCCUUGCCUAAGUAAUUUUCUUUACUUUCUAAAUUAUCACCCUUUAGCUCUAUAUCUAAUAAUAUGUAUAUUUGUUUUAUCCU